AUGUAUUAUUUAAUAUCCUCUUUUCGUCCUUCUAAUAAAUUCUUUACCAAUCUUCUUUUUAGCCCAUGGAAGAACCAUUCCCGAUACUGUUCUCAUAUGAAAUAUGCCCAGCACAAAGACUUAGAGUAUAUUCGAAAUAUUGGUAUUUCUGCUCACAUCGAUUCAGGCAAAACUACAUUAACAGAAAGAAUUUUGUUUUACACUGGGAGAAUAAAUGAAAUGCAUGAGGUCAAAGGAAAAGAUAAUGUUGGUGCCACAAUGGACUCCAUGGAACUAGAAAGACAAAGGGGUAUCACCAUUCAGUCAGCUGCUACUUACACUGUGUGGAAAAAUUAUAACAUUAAUAUCAUUGAUACUCCUGGUCAUGUAGAUUUUACUGUUGAAGUUGAGCGGGCACUUAGGGUUUUAGAUGGUGCUAUUCUUGUUUUAUGUGCAGUAGGUGGAGUUCAAAGUCAAUCACUAACUGUUAAUCGUCAAAUGAAAAGAUACAAUGUACCUUGUCUAGCAUUCAUUAAUAAGUUAGAUCGCCUUGGAGCUAACCCGAAGAGGGUUCUUUCUCAAAUAAAGAGCAAAUUGGGACACAAUGCAGCUUUACUACAGCUACCAAUUGGUCUGGAAAAUGAUUGUAAAGGUGUAAUAAACCUUAUUGAUAGAAAAGCUCUCUACUUUGAAGGAGAUUUUGGAGAGAUCAUCCGUGAAGAUGAAAUUCCUAAAAAUAUGGCAACUGAAUCAGAAGAAAGAAGGCAGGAAUUAAUUGAAUGUUUAUCUAAUAUUGAUGACACUUUAGGAGAAAUGUUUUUAGAAGAAAAAGUUCCAACUGAAAAAGAUAUUGUAGCGGCCAUCAGAAGAAGUUGCCUAAAAAGAACUUUUACACCUGUACUUUUAGGUACAGCUCUUAAAAAUAAAGGGGUUCAGCCUUUGUUAGAUGCUGUUAUUUCCUAUCUACCCUGCCCUGGAGAUGUAAGCAAUUUUGCAAUAAACAACGAAGAAGGCGUGGAUAAGGAUGCAAAAGUUUUACUGAAUCCAAGUCGUGACUCGUCAAAUCCUUUCAUGGCAUUGGCAUUUAAAUUAGAAGCUGGUAGAUUUGGUCAGCUGACUUACAUGAGAUGUUAUCAAGGUCAUCUUCAGAGAGGUGAUUAUUUGUAUAAUGUUCGGACAAGAAAGAAGGUCAGAGUAGUACGCCUGGUUCGGUUACAUGCAGACCAAAUGGAAGAUGUUAAUGAUAUUUUUGCUGGAGAUAUUUUCGCUUUAUUUGGUGUUGAUUGUUCAAGUGGUGAUUCCUUUGUCAAAGAUUUAAAAGUGAAUUUGGCUAUGGAGUCUAUUCAUGUACCAGAUACUGUUGUUUCUAUGUCUAUUAAACCUAAAGAUACCAAGGACCGUGAUCAAUUCAGUAAAGCUGUUGCACGAUUUACGAAAGAAGAUCCAACCUUCCAGUUUUCAUAUGAUUCCGAUAAUAAAGAGACUAUUGUCUCUGGUAUGGGAGAGCUUCACCUUGAAAUUUAUUCUCAGAGAAUGGAAAGGGAAUAUAAUUGUCCUGUAAUUUUGGGUAAACCAAAGGUUUCAUUUCGAGAAACUCUUGUGCAGUCCUGUGAAUUUGAUUAUUUGCACAAGAAGCAAUCUGGUGGAUCUGGACAAUUCGCUAGAGUUAUCGGUAUUUUAGAGCCUCUUCCUCCAGAACAAAAUACACAAUUAAUUUUUAAAGAUGAAACAUCAGGACCUAAUGUUCCGAAACAAUUCAUUCCUGGAAUAGAAAGAGGUUUCCGUUUUAUGGCACAAAAAGGCCUUUUGUCUGGUCAUAAAUUGGCUGGUCUUAAGUUCCGACUUUUGGAUGGUGCUCAUCAUAUAGUAGAUUCAAGUGAACUUGCAUUCAAUUUAGCUGCGCAAGGUGCUAUUAGGCAAGUUUUUGAAGAAGGACUUUGGCAAGUUCUUGAACCAAUAAUGUCAGUUGAAGUUACUAUUCCUGAAGAAUAUCAAGGAACAGUUAUGGGUCAGUUAAACAAAAGACAUGGCAUUAUUACAGGAAUAGAAGGAAGUGAUCAGUGGGUUACUGUUUUUGCUGAGGUUCCUCUCAAUGAUAUGUUCGGGUAUGUAUCAGAAUUGAGAUCUGCGACUCAGGGUAAGGGUGAAUAUGCAAUGGAAUACUGUCGCUAUUCACCAGCUCUCCCAGAAGUGCAAGACAAGCUUAUUUCAGCCUACCAAGAAAGUACGGGUGUUCUUCCUCAACAGAAGAAAAAGAAAAAUUAA